CGAGGGACAGAAAGGGAAGCAGGAGAGACAGGAGGGACCAGUGGAAUCGAGAAAGAAGCGAAAUCGACGGAUCAUGUGGGAUGUUAUCAAGGCUCUUAUCAUGAUGGCGGCUUGGCUGGUCGGGCCCACUUCCGCUGGCAGCUGUCGCGCUGCCAAGCUCUGCUGUCAAGGCAGGGACUCUGGAUGUGUCAUCCAGAAGGCUUCUCCGAAUGCCAUUAUCGAGGGCCCCAAAGAUAAACCUUGUUACUGCGAUCACGCCUGUCUUAAGCUCGGCGACUGCUGCGACGACUUCCGGCAGACUUGCGGAGUGAUCGAUUGUAGCGUUACUCAGUGGAGUACGUGGUCGGCUUGCGACAAUCAAUGUGGGGCAGGAAUUCAAAGGAGGAGCCGCACUAUUGUUGGUCCCGAGGAAAAUGGCGGAAAACAUUGUCCGCAAAUCAAGCAGUCCAGAAUAUGUCAAGGCUUUGAAGGAUGUCGACGCAGAAGUCAUGCACACCGCUCUAAAGACGCGGUUCUCCUGAUGCCUGCGGAAAGUUUUCGCCCACACUCCGCGCGGAAACUCAUUGAGGGGUACUCUGCGGAAUUCACUAUUUUGCGAGCGUCCAAGGCCUGUAAAGAUCAUCUGAUAUUAACCGAGGGCUCCCACGUGUGUGUGCAAUGUGGGCAUGAAGCAGUUACGUCACAAUGCGAAGACCAGCUGAACCCCGGGAAAUUUGAAAUAGGAAGAUGGCGUCUCUUGACAUCCGUGCAAGCCCAUUGUCACGGAAAAUGGCUGUCAACUGAAAAAAUGGCCAACGACAGCAGGUCGGCAGCUUGUCAAAACGGCACCGAUUUUGUGAUAGCUUAGUACUGGAGAUGAAUUAUCUAUUGAAAUUCCUCGAUAAGAAAUAAACAAGAACGAGGGAUGCAGAAAAGUAUCUCUGAUACGAAUCCGCGUCGGCGAGGUUUCGAUUUCCGCCGAUGGCUACUCGAUCAUUCCAUUAUUUCCCACGGAAAGACAAUUGCUGAUUCCAAUAUUGCUUGUCAAUUGCUCUCUGGCGUUUCUGUGGUUGUAAAUACGCGAACGAACCUAUCAACAAGUUGAUCGAAUUAGGUUAUCCCGAUGCAACAGUUGCUUGUUCGUCCUGAUCGAUUGUACAUAUAACAUAUGAAUAUACGAAUAUAUAAAACAAUACUGGUGUGAUAAAACGUAAAUAUUCACAAUGUACGUACAUUAAGCGGUCUCUGUGCGGCGACAUGCGUAUGUUUAGAUACCACCAGAAGUAUGGAUACAGGAUUAAGUAAAGCAUCUUUUCGUCGAUGGUCACCGCCAUCUUGGAGAACGUCACUGCGUAUCGGUAUCAAAGAGGAAAACAGAAAACAUUCUCCUUUGAGACUAUCAUGUC